GGUGCGAGCCAUGGCCUCCCGGGACCCGCCGCCAGUCACCAGCUACGGCCCGGCCGAAGUGCCCUCGGGGGUCGCGCUGCUUCUCACCAUCCCCUUCGCCUUCUUCCUGCCGGAGCUGAUAUUCGGGUUCUGGGUCUGGAUCCUGGUGGCCGCCACCCAGGUAGCAAACCCCUUGCUGCAGGGAUGGGUGAUGUACGUCUCGCUCACCUCGUUUCUCAUCUCCCUCAUGUUCCUGUUGUCCUACAUCUUUGGAUUUUACAAAAAAUUUCAGUCCUGGAGAGUCUUGGACAGCCUGUACCACGGGACCACCGGCAUCCUGUACAUGAGCGCCGCCGUCCUCCAAGUGCACGCCACGAUCAUCUCGGAGGCCGAGAACCUGCAAAACUACUACAUCAACACGGCGGCCUCGUUCUUUGCCUUCGUCACCACCCUGCUCUACAUCCUGCACGCCUUCAGCAUCUAUUACCAAUGAGGCGUCCGGGAGCCUCGGCCAGGGAGAGAGCCGUCUGGAAGCCAGGAUCACGGGCCACUGGCACAGGUGUCACCAUUUGCUGUCUGCGCGGUUAACAGAAGGGACCAGGGCUUCCUCCCAGACGGAGCGAUGGGCCACCCUCGGCAGCUUGGUGUGGACAUUCAAGGUCACUAGGAGGAACCUGCGAAAGCUGUUUGUUUCUUUUCCCUGGGAAAGUCAUUGUGGCUUAGAAUCACCGACCGUGAACCUCGCUCUUCUAGAAGCUGCCUUCCAGAGCCCUCACUGCAGGGUCCCAGAUCCACUCGGCCUCAGCAGUGAACCCUGUAGUAGUCUAGGGGAAGAUCCCGUCCCGUCGUCUUCUCUUAAACGCUAAAAGGCCCUGUGGAGGCCUUCGGAUCUGCUGCACAUGCGCAGACCUGUUUCCUGACCCUCGCUUCUGCCCCCCCACCACCCCCCGCGGGGAAGCCGAUGGGGACAGGCACACCGUCCAUUCCUCCUCUUCCCAUCCCUUUCCCUCGCUCACGCUGGGAUCCAAGGAGAUCUGCACUAAGCCAACUUUGAGGGGAGCUUUGCGGGGGAAAUGGGUGACUGACUCUACAAAACCAUUGCACAGUCAGGCCUGGGGGCGGGGCUGGGGUCUGGACAGAAGUGGGACAGCCCACGUCUCCAGACGUCCGGCCUCUCUGAAAACCACGCGGCUGCCUCCGAGACCCCGCUCCUGGGCACUGGAAGCCCACCUUGUCCCUAAGAAAAGCCCCUCAGUGAAGAGCCGGGAUGUCACGUCUGUGCACUGCCCCCGACAUGGAGAGUAAAGGCCCCCGCGGCAUCUCAGGGACCACUCUCCCUCGGGUGCGCGCACCCCCUCGCAUGCCCUGUGUGUGAGAGGCCCAGAGCCGGCUGCAAGGACCUGGAGAUGCACGUUGGGAGCAGUGCACACAGAAAUGUCGACUCAAGACAGCUGUGUGCAAUGGCGCAGCUCCAGCUGCGGAGGGGUCUCCUGACCUGGCGGUGGGGGGCGCAGCCGUGAGAACCGUCCGUUUGAAAUGCAAUAAAUUAUUACGUGAACGGGCCUCGUGUUCGCUGUUUUGCGGGUUUAAGGUUUGGUGUCAGGUUUUGGUUUUUUGCAUUCCUGGGUGGGAGGAGAAGCUCUGCUUCACUGUGCUCUAAUUGUCCUGUUAUCUUCCAAGCCGCCAUUCGCCUCUGGUUUUGUGACCUGGGGCGAUCGCUGUUCGAUAUUUACCGAGUAACCACAUGCAAAUAAAAGGCAUUUGUACA